AUACAAUCACCCCCACAAAAAUUACAUCCAUGUGCCUGAAUAUCAUCCUUUUCCUUCUCCCUUUCGGAACAUAACCACCAGAAUCUCACGUACGUUUUCCGUCUAUUUCAUCUCAAUUCUUCUUUCGCCCCACCUCUCCUACCGCCACUUUUGUCUUCUUCUUCGCUCCUACUCCGUCUCUCUCUAUUUCAUAUCAAACACUCUCUUGAAUCUUGAGUAAUCUUGAUUAAGCUCUACGUUUCCGGUCACCAUGAUGAAACUGGUGGUGGAAGUGCUUGACGCCAUGGAUCUCAUGCCCAAAGACGGUCAGGGGUCGGCGAGUCCGUUUGUGGAGGUGGAUUUCGACGAGCAGCAGAAGAGGACGCGGACCAAGGAAAAGGACCUGAACCCUGUUUGGAAUGAGAAGCUUGUUUUCAGUGUCAGCAAUCCCAGAGAUCUUCCCAAUAAGGUGAUUGAAGUUGUUGUGUUUAAUGAUACGAAAGCCAGUAACGGUCACCACAGGAAUUUCCUGGGUCGGGUCAAGAUUUCCGGCAGCUCUGUUCCAUUUUCUGAGCCGGAAUCUACAAUUCAGAGGUACCCACUUGAUAAAAGAGGUCUCUUUUCUCGUAUUAGAGGGGAUAUUGCGUUGAAGGCUUAUGUAGUUCAGGACGGGUCAGGGUCAGUGUCAGGUCCUCCUCCCACAGAAACAGAGUACCCCAGCAGUGUUCAUGCUGAACCUGACUAUCAUCAUGAAGAAACUUCGUUUGAAGAAAUUAACACUAAUAAGAUUGAUGAAGGUUUUAGAGUUGAGGAGAAGAAGAGCAAGAAGAAGGAAAAAGAAGUGAGAACUUUCCACUCGAUAGGGACUGGAGGAGGCGGUGGUCCUCCUCCCGCUGCGGCUGCUCCACCUCCCAUGCCUUCUGGGAUUGGAUUCACAAAGGCACCGGUGAUGGAAACCAAAACUGAUUUUGCUCGAGCAGGACCAGCACAGGCGGCCGUGAUGCAAGUGCAGGGACCGCGGCAGAAUCCAGAAUACGGUUUGGAGGAGACAAGUCCGCCUCUGGCAGCGCGUCGGCCAUACAGGGCAGGGGAUAAGCUGGCCAGCACUUACGAUUUGGUGGAGCAGAUGCAUUACCUGUUUGUGCAUGUAGUGAAGGCAAAAGAUCUCCCUGUCAUGGAUAUUUCAGGUAGCCUUGAUCCUUACGUGGAAGUGAAGGUUGGGAAUUACAAGGGCGUAACGAAACACUUGGAGAAGAACCAGAAUCCAGUAUGGAACCAAAAAUUCGCCUUCCCCAAGGAAAGAUUGCAAUCGAAUCAGCUUGAAAUUACUGUGAAAGAUAAAGAUAUUGGGAAGGAUGAUUUUGUGGGGAAGGUUUUAUUUGAUCUGUUGGAGCUACCUCUUCGAGUUCCACCGGACAGUCCAUUGGCGCCGCAGUGGUACAGAUUGGUGGACAAGAAAGGGGAGAAGGUGAACAAGGGGGAAAUUAUGCUGGCGGUUUGGAUGGGAACACAAGCAGAUGAAUCAUUUCCUGACGCAUGGCAUUCGGAUGCGCACAACAUUAGUCAUUCCAACCUUUCCAACACAAGAUCAAAGGUGUAUUUCACUCCGCAGCUGUAUUACCUUCGAAUUCAUGUCUUGGAAGCACAAGAUCUCGUCCCAUCUGAAAAGGGCAGAUUACCGGAUGCAUUUGUCAGGGUGCAGCUCGUAGGUCAGUCGAAAGCAACCAAGCUUUGCCCGAAAACAAUUAAUCCGAAGUGGGUGGAAUUAGAAGAAUUCAUAUUUGUAGCCUCCGAGCCUUUUGAAGAUUUUAUAUUUGUGUCUGUUGAGGACAGGGUUGGACCCGGGAAGGAAGAGAUUCUAGGGAGGGUGAUCAUUCCGGUCAAGGAUGUACCACAGAGGCAUGAAAUAGUUAAGCUUCCGGAACCCCGUUGGUUCAGUCUGCACAAGCCUUCAGCUGCGGAUGAAGGAGAAAAGAAGGAGAAGAAAUUCUCAAGCAAGAUACUGCUUCAAAUUUUUCUAGAAGGAGGGUACCAUGUUCUUGAUGAGUCCACACAUUUCAGUAGUGAUCUCCGGCCAUCAUCGAAACCCCUUAGGAUUAGGAAACAGAAAAUUGGGGAUCUUGACCUUGGGAUUUUAAGUGCCAAGAAUUUACCGCCGAUAAAGAUCAAGGACGGUCGGACAACAGAUGCAUACUGUGUAGCCAAGUACGGGAACAAAUGGGCGCGAACCAGAACCCUUCUUGAUAUUCAGGCUCCUCGGUGGAAUCAGCAGUAUUCCUGGGAAGUUUAUGACCUAUGUACUGUAAUCACCAUUGGCGUGUUUAACAACGCCCACAUCAACGGGAGCAAAGAUGAUGCCAAGGAUGAACGAAUUGGAAAGGUUAGGAUCCGGCUAUCCACGCUCCAAACCAAUCGGGUUUAUACCCAUUACUACCCCCUGCUUGUUCUGCAACCUUCAGGUUUGAAGAAAAAUGGGGAGCUUCAACUGGCAAUACGGUUCACUUGCACAGCUUGGGCCAACAUGGUGACACAGUAUGGCCGGCCAUUGCUCCCCAAAAUGCACUAUGUUCAGCCAAUUCCACUUAAGCACAUUGAAUAUCUUCGUCAUCAGGCAAUGGUGAUAGUGGCAGCGAGGUUGGGAAGGGCAGAGCCACCGCUGAGGAAGGAGGUCGUGGAGUACAUGUUGGAUGUGGACAUCCAUAUGUGGAGUCUAAGGAGAAGCAAGGCUAAUUUCAAUCGCAUAACGUCACUUCUUUCUGGGGUGACCAGAGUUUGCAAGUUUCUUGAAGAUAUCUGCUACUGGAGAAACCCGGUGACUACGUGUCUCGUGCACGUGUUGUUCUUGAUACUUGUUUUUUACCCUGAAUUGAUCUUGCCCACGAUUUUUCUGUACUUGUUCGGGAUCGGAAUAUGGAACUACCGGUUCCGGCCAAGGCACCCGCCUCACAUGGAUGUUCAGCUUUCCGGUGCAUUGAACGUGCAUCCGGAUGAACUGGAUGAAGAAUUUGACGCGUUUCCAACGAAACAGCAAUCGGAAAUUGUCAGGAUGAGGUAUGAUCGGCUGCGGAGCGUGGCCGGGAGGGUGCAGACAGUGGUCGGAGAUUUGGCAUCCCAAGGAGAGAGAGCGCAGGCAAUACUGAGUUGGAGGGAUCCAAGAGCAACGGCAAUCUUUAUCAUCUUCUCGUUGAUCUGGGCAGCUAUCAUCUAUGUCACUCCACUCCAGGUGGUAGCAAUUCUGAUUGGACUCUACUGGCUCCGGCAUCCCCGGCUCAGGAGCAAACUGCCAUCUGUACCUGUCAACUUCUUCAAGAGAUUACCAUCAAAGUCAGAUAUGCUACUAUGAUCAGUUUACAAUUCAUCAAUCACUGUUUUCAGUAAAGAAGCUUCAGAAAAUAGUAUAUAAUAUGAAAUAAAGCUUCAGCAAAUAGUAUAUAAUAUGAAAUAAAGCUUCGCUGUUCCUCACCAUCAAAAGAAUCUCAUUUUUGCUUCCAAGCUUUCCCUGAAUAUUCUUUUCUUUUUGGCUGUCAUCCUGUAUUCUGUUCAGCAUUGUAAAGCUUAAGAAAGUACUACCAUUAAC